GGAAGAAGUCAUAUACUAGAAAUUAAAUUUGCAUUAACAUAACAUAUUCCUAUCUUUGAUCUCAUUUCUCCAUUUGUGUACAUAGUUACUUUAUGGAAACGAGGCAUUGACUUAAUAUAGCUAAAGAUAAUUGCCUUUUGUAAUACUUUAGGAAAUGAUAACUUGCGUAAAUUAAGACGUCAAAAUAAUUGACGUCAAACCGUGGGCCAAAAUUGAUAAUUGCAAAAAAUAAGACAAAGACUGAUGGUGAUAUUUCUGUACAUUGAAAAUAGCCUUUGUCAGGUAAAUGAAAGGCUAGUAAUUCCAUUCCUGUAACAGGACCGUGGUGGUGUAUUUUGCUUGCUCGUACCUCUGUACAGCACUGUUGUAAUGGCGAUACUGUUUGCUUUCCAGUAGUGUGCAGAGAAGCCGAAACAGUAGUGUACCAUUGGGCAGGACAAGUCAGGAAUGAGCCAGCCUUUGGAAGGAAGACCUGCCAUCCUAGCUGGAGACAUCUGAAGAGAGGACAUCUUAGUCCUGUGGCAUGCUCCAGUAGAAAUUACUUAGAAGAAGAUGGCUGGCUGUGGUGAAAUAGAUCAUUCAAUCAACAUGCUUCCCACAAACAGGAAGACAAAUGAGUCGUGUGCUAAUGCUGCACCUUCCCUGACAGUCCCUGAAUGUGCUAUCUGUCUGCAAACGUGUGUCCAUCCAGUAAGUCUGCCUUGUAAACACGUGUUCUGCUAUCUAUGUGUCAAGGGAGCUUCUUGGCUUGGGAAACGUUGUGCGCUCUGUCGGCAGGAGAUCCCAGAGGAUUUUCUUGACAAGCCAACCCUAUUAUCACCAGAAGAACUCAAAGCAGCAAGCAGAGGCAAUGGCGAAUACGCUUGGUACUAUGAAGGGAGAAAUGGUUGGUGGCAGUAUGAUGAACGUACCAGCAGGGAGCUGGAAGAUGCCUUUUCCAAGGGUAAAAAGAGCACUGAAAUGCUAAUUGCUGGGUUUUUGUACAUAGCAGAUCUGGAAAACAUGGUUCAGUAUAGGAGAAAUGAGCACGGACGGCGCAGAAAAAUAAAACGGGACAUAAUAGAUAUACCAAAGAAGGGAGUGGCUGGGCUUAGGUUGGACUGUGACACUAACAGUGUCAACCUGGCACGAGAGAGCUCUGCUGAUGGUGCAGACAGCACACUGACUGGGGGGGCUGCAGCUGUACAGCCUCUGGUGCCUGUUUCUGCUAGGCCCCUGCCAUCACUGGAUGGUCAGCUUAUGAGUCCUUCGACACCCUCUCCUGAUGCAAGCACUUCUCUGGAGAACUCUUUUGCCCACUUACAAAUAAACGGAGACAGUAUGGCUGAAAGGAGUCAUAGGGGAGAGGGAGAGGAGGACCACGAAUCAUCAUCUUCUGGUAGGGUGCCAGCCCCUGACACCUCUGUGGAGGAGACUGAAUCGGAUGCUAGCAGCGAUAGCGAGGAUAUGUCUGCCCCCCUCCAGCAACACCCAUCCUCUGCCCAGCAGAGACACUUGAAUGCAAACGCAAACCAGUCUGGAGCGGAUAGACCAGUGGCAGGGGGAGGGGUGGCAAAUGCAAGCGUAAGAUCUAGGAGGCCAGAUGGACAGUGCACAGUCACUGAAGUGUAAAUCUGGAGCCAUGCAAUUUAAAAACUCAGUCUCCUAUCUGUAAAUUUUCUGUCCACAUUGGCAUUGCACUCAAACCUAGCAGUGUGUUCGGUGGGAGGGUGGGGUGAAGGGAAGAAGCAGAUUUGGCCUAACUUAAGUCUUUUAACAUGUCUUAGCUGGAAGACUAACUGUAAGAAACUGAGUUGUCAUUAAUGGUUUGAAAGCUGCUUAGCAAUACCCGGUUUUCUUGAAAAUGUCUUGUGUUUAUUUUGUAGCAUUUUGCCCUUGAAGAUAAUCUAUCCCUUUUUGGCCAAUGUAUAUCUACUGUACAACUUGAAUUGUCUUCAUUAUCUGAUUGUUGCAUUAAGUGUCUUACUACUUUCUGCAUGGAUUGAUGUAUGAAAAGAAAACUAAAGCAACGUGGGAGCAGGCAAGAUGUUGGGUGUGAGCAGGAUGCUUAAUUUAAUGUGAGAAAAAUAGAUGUGAGUUUGGAGUUAAAAUGUGUUUUUACUAGACAAAGAGCAAGCAUUUACCUUCCUUCAAUGGAAAUGUAAAAAUGCUGUUAACUUUUGUUGCAAAUUCUUACCUAUACACUUCAUGGCAUUUUCAUCGGCUUUGCCAUCUAGUCCUUGUAGUUCUGUUUUUGAGGUCUUUCUUGAUCUGUCUCGUUUUUGUUACGGAAUUUAUAAUUUAAUAAAACUACAUUUUAUCAGUAACCGUCUUAGAUAUGUCUCCAAUUUAAUUGAACUUAAAUGGAGGAACUUUAAAGAAAACCAUCAUAAAAUAGCUUCCUGUAUUCGCCAAAAGCAAGGAUUGGUUUAGAGUGGCAUCUUUAAGUUCUUAUGUUCCUGACUAUUUCAACCAGAACACUGAUCUAGGAGGAGUAUGUCUUUCUAAUGAAAAAAAAAA